GGGCGGGGCCGGGGCUGCGGGACGCGGGCCGGCGGGCCGGGUGUCGGUGGGGUCGCACCUGUUGCGUCAGUCCCCGGCGGGCCGCUGCGGGGGGCCGCCCCCCGGACACCCGGAGAGCGCGCCGAGCAGCCCAGCCGAGCCCCGCCCCGCCCCGCCGGGAGCACGUGGCCGGCCCGCCUCUGCCGCGGGGCCGGGGGUCUCCCAGCCAGUGCAGCCGCCCGGGUCCGCCCCCUGCCAGCUGGCAAUUUUGAAAGACCAGCCUUCCUGCCCCCAUCUCGGUGCCAGGGCCGGGGCUCCUGGAGCGACUGGGCCGGGGUCUGGGCUCCGGCUGCCGUCCCCUCCCUCGCGACCCGCGCUUCCCGGCGGUGCAGACCCCGGCUGGCGGCCUCCGGGUCCCCCCCGGGCGCGGCAGCAUGGCCUCGGAGGCUCGGGGUGGGCUGGGGGCCCCUCCGCUGCAGUCUGCCCGGUCCCUGCCAGGCCCCGCCCCCUGCCUCAAGCACUUCCCGCUGGACCUGCGCACGUCUAUGGAUGGCAAAUGCAAGGAGAUAGCCGAGGAGCUGUUCAGUCGCUCCCUGGCUGAGAGCGAGCUCCGCAGCGCCCCCUACGAGUUCCCCGAGGAGAGCCCCAUCGAGCAGCUGGAGGAGCGGAGGCAGCGCCUGGAGCGGCAGAUCAGCCAGGAUGUCAAGCUGGAGCCGGACAUCCUGCUUCGGGCCAAGCAAGAUUUCCUGAAGACGGACAGUGAAUCGGACCUCCAACUCUACAAGGAGCAGGCUGAGGGGCAGGGAGACUGGGGCCUGCGGGAGCGCGACGCGGUGCUGGAGCGGGAAUUCCAGCGCGUCUCCAUCUCCGGGGAGGAGAAGUGUGGGGUGGGAGUGAGCCUGGCGAGUGUGAGCCGGAGGGCAGUGCCCGCACGUCCUGGUCUGCAGGUGCCCUUCACAGACCUGCUGGACGCGGCCAAGAGCGUGGUGCGGGCGCUCUUCAUCCGGGAGAAGUACAUGGCGCUGGCGCUGCAAAGCUUCUGCCCCACCACCCGCCGGCACCUGCAGCAGCUGGCGGAGAAGCCUCUGGAGACGCGGACCUACGAGCCGGGCCCCGACACCCCUGUGUCCGCCGAUGCCCCGGUGCACCCCCCGGCGCUGGAGCAGCACCCGUACGAGCACUGUGAGCCGAGCACCAUGCCCGGGGACCUGGGCCUGGGCCUGCGCAUGGUGCGGGGCGUGGUGCAUGUCUACACCCGCAGGGAGCCUGAUGAACAGUGCUCAGAGGUGGAGCUUCCGUACCCUGACCUGCAGGAGUUUGUGGCUGACGUCAAUGUGCUGAUGGCCCUGAUUAUCAACGGCCCCAUAAAGUCGUUCUGCUACCGCCGGCUGCAGUACCUCAGCUCCAAGUUCCAGAUGCACGUGCUGCUCAACGAGAUGAAGGAGCUGGCCGCCCAGAAGAAGGUGCCGCACCGAGAUUUCUACAACAUCCGAAAGGUGGACACGCACAUCCACGCCUCGUCCUGCAUGAACCAGAAGCACCUGCUGCGCUUCAUCAAGCGGGCGAUGAAGCGGCACCUGGAGGAGAUUGUGCACGUGGAGCAGGGCCGCGAGCAGACGCUGCGCGAGGUCUUCCAGAGCAUGAACCUCACGGCCUACGACCUGAGCGUGGACACCCUCGACAUGCACGCGGACAGGAAUACCUUCCAUCGCUUUGACAAGUUCAAUGCCAAAUACAACCCCAUCGGGGAGUCUGUCCUCCGAGAGAUCUUCAUCAAGACGGACAACAGGGUUUCUGGGAAGUACUUCGCUCACAUCAUCAAGGAGGUGAUGUCGGACCUGGAGGAGAGCAAAUACCAGAACGCGGAGCUGCGGCUCUCCAUCUACGGGCGCUCGAGGGACGAGUGGGACAAGCUGGCACGCUGGGCCGUCACGCACCGCGUGCACUCCCCCAACGUGCGCUGGCUCGUGCAGGUGCCCCGUCUCUUUGACGUUUACCGUACAAAGGGCCAGCUGGCCAACUUCCAGGAGAUGCUGGAGAACAUCUUCCUUCCGCUGUUCGAGGCCACCGUGCACCCCGCCAGCCACCCGGAGCUGCACCUCUUCUUGGAGCAUGUGGACGGCUUUGACAGCGUGGACGACGAGUCCAAGCCCGAGAACCACGUCUUCAACCUGGAGAGCCCCCUCCCCGAGGCGUGGGUGGAGGAGGACAACCCGCCCUACGCCUACUACCUGUACUACACCUUCGCCAACAUGGCCACGCUGAACCACCUGCGCAGGCAGAGGGGCUUCCACACGUUCGUGCUGCGGCCGCACUGCGGGGAGGCCGGGCCCAUCCACCACCUGGUGUCCGCCUUCAUGCUGGCCGAGAACAUCUCGCACGGGCUGCUGCUGCGCAAGGCCCCGGUCCUGCAGUACCUGUACUACCUGGCCCAGAUCGGCAUCGCCAUGUCGCCGCUGAGCAACAACAGCCUCUUCCUCAGCUACCACCGCAACCCGCUGCCCGAGUACCUGUCCCGCGGCCUCAUGGUCUCACUGUCCACCGACGACCCCCUGCAGUUCCACUUCACCAAGGAGCCGCUGAUGGAGGAAUACAGCAUCGCCACCCAGGUGUGGAAGCUCAGCUCCUGCGACAUGUGUGAGCUGGCCCGCAACAGCGUGCUCAUGAGCGGCUUCUCCCACAAGGUGAAGAGCCACUGGCUGGGACCCAACUACACCAAAGAGGGCCCCGAGGGCAACGACAUCCGCCGCACCAAUGUGCCCGACAUCCGCGUGGGCUACCGGCACGAGACCCUGUGCCAGGAGUUGGCACUCAUCACGCAGGCCGUGCAGAGUGAGAUGCUGGAGACCAUCCCGGAGGAGCCAGGCCUCACCAUGAGCCCGGGGCCUCAGUGAGCCCGGUCACGGGUGCCCGCAUCCCAGCGCCUUGACCAUGUUUUGUCCUCGGACCCCCCCCCACCUGUCGUGGCCUCUGCAUGUGUUGUUCUCCUCUGUUGCCCUGCAUGUCUCCGUCCUCUGUCUCCGUGCCCCCCCCGGAAGCGGGGCCCAGGAUGCGCUCCGCCUUUUCUUGGCUCAGGUGGCACCCCAUGGCCCAAGUUUGAAGGCCGCCCUAUUGGAGGCCCUGUUCCAAGAUCCUCCGAAGCCUGGCUAGGGCUGGUUGUGGGGGGCUGGCCCCUCCGGCCUUUGGAGUCCUGCCUGGGCAAGUCUGAGCUUUGGCCGGGGGUGGAGUUGAGCUCCCGUCUUGUUUACGCGGCUGAAGUCCAAGGUGGGGCCUGUGCACAUCUGCUGUGGGCACGGGGCUGCCAGGCCUGGGGGCUCGGGCGGGGGUUAGGUAGCUCUGGGCGGAGAGCAGGCGGAGCCCUGGCAUCCUGGGCUUGGGCCUGGCAGCGUGGGACCACCACCUCUGCCCAGUCGGUGCCCGGCAGCCUUCUCCGUCCUUCCCCCGGGCCCUGUGCUCCCCUGUCCGCUUCCUGGGCCAUGUGUGGGGCCAGUGCCGCUGGAGGCUCCUGGAUCUGCCACAGGCCUGGGGGUGGCCUCUCCAAUGUGGUUCCUAGAGUUCUGACCAGACCUGAGUCCUGGCUGGUCCCCUGUGCUGUUGUGUGGACUGAGGCCUUCGCUGUGAAAUGCAGUGUUUCGUACAAUCCCGUCCCACCUAGUGCAUGAGAAAUAAAGAGUAUUUAAGUAAAGAGGCAGGUGGGGUCUCUGUGGGGAGAGGGGCAGCCGGGUCCGUGGCUGAGGUCAAGCCAGGAGCACUGUGGAGGGAAGGACGGGAUUUUUAGGGGAGCGACGGGGCCUGGCUGAUGUGUGUGCUUGUGCACACGGAAACUGGGAGGGAGAAGAGGCCCAUGGGGGGACCCGCCUGCCAUCACAAGCCUCGUCCAGCCUGGCCCCUCUGAAGGGGACACUGGACAUCUGCUGCAGCCCCAUGGCACCGCCUGGGAGAUGUGCGCCUGUGCACUGACAAGCAGACCUAGGCCGUGGGCCUCACACUCUGACGCCUGCACGUUCGGGGAGCUUGUUGAAAAUGCCACUUCCAGGCCCCACCCUCCGAUCCCCAAGCAGCGAGCUGAAGGUGCAGGUGGAAAUUGAACCAGCUCGGCUUCUGUCCCGUGUUUAACACACAACAUCUGGAGCACCUGCAGGGAGGGAAGUGAGUGUGCCCUGUGCCGGGCAGGGUCCCGGGUUGGCGCCGAGAAGCCUGUCCCUGCUGCUGAGUGGGGCGGAUGACGGGCUGGCUGUUUCAGAAGCCAUUAGCCCGAGAACAGCGCGAUCCGAGUAAUUGAAGGCCUGGUGAAAGCUGGCUUCCUCCUCCCCUCUUGUCAGCUUGCUUGGCCCAGCCUGCGGCAUCUGUGCCAGCCACCUCCUGGCAUGACACUCGCCCAGUGUCCCCGGGCAGAAGCUCUCCUCGUGCCCUUGCCUCCGGAGGUCCCCUGGAGGCCAGGCCUGCCCCUGGCCAAGACCCAGGUCCUCCAGUCGCCAGAAGGCUCUUGUCGGUUUCCUGUCGCCGCGUCAGGGCUGGCUGAGGAGCUAGAGGCUGGACAGCUCUGGCUCAUUUCUGUUGGGGAAACAGCAGGUGCAAGUGGCCUGUGGUAGAACCAGGACUGGAGGCCCGGGGAGCUCAGCACCCAGGCUCCUCCACCCCAUGCUGGGUCCCCUCUGCCUGAAGGACGCUGCUGUUCCAGGGUGAGGGGAGCUCCUUUCCAAGGCGUUCCAUCCAUUUAAUAAUAAAAACGUGCUCGGUCUUCUCUUUGCCAAACAAGGGAGCAGGAUUGGAGGAUCUUUCUAGGUUCCUUGGAAGGAAGAAUUGCCUGCUUCGUGUGCCAGCAUCAGGACAGCAAGGACUCCAUGUUUACUCACUGGGUUUGUCGUGUGAUAGAAGCCUUCAUGCCACUUUCUCGUCCUCUGUACAGUCUUCUCGUGUGUGCGGAGUCCCAGCCCCGAGAACACUACCAAUUCCAAGCGUUUCUUUGCAAGCUAUUUUUUUUUUAAACAACUUGCUUCUGGAUUUUUUUGGUUCUUUGAAAUCUCUUUCAAACAUUUAUUGAGAGAAAAUAUUUUUAAAACAGUCAGGCCUUAAUACUUUUUCCUACUUGGAAAGGAAAUAAUUUUCAUCCCAGAAAUUUAGAAAAUAUACAAAAAUUGGAACAACAACAGCAAAAAGCCCACUGGUUGACUUAAUAGCAACAAAUAUUUGCUGAUCAUCUGCAUGCCUGCAAUCUACGUUUUAAAAUAUAUUUAUACAUAUCUUUCAGUUAUUUUUAAAGAAGGUAUUUUUGAGUUGCGAUAUAUGUAUAAUUUUGUGGUUUUCAAAUACUUUAACAGAUCUUUCCAUAUUUCAUUCAAGUAUUUAUAUAAAUCUUAAUUCCUGUUCACUGGCCUACAGUGAGCCUCACCAUCCCUUGCCAUCAUAGCUCUUGGUUGAGAACAACUAUGGCCCAAUGCUGUGAGUGACUUCACUCUGGAGCCACACACUGCUUUCUGGCUGUGUGCCCUUGGGCAAGUUACUUUCCCUCUGUGCCUCCAGGGGGCAGGGCGUACAUCAAAGGCCUGGGAAAUGGUGAAGACCUGAAAGAAAAACUUUGGGGCUGCAAAAUAUGAAAAGGACAGUGUCACAAUUGAUAAGUGUUUAAAUGCCUUCCGAACGCUGAGCUGCACGUCAACUUUAAUCUUUGUUAAGUUUGGUAUCCACAGAAAUGUCAUUAUAUUUGAAAACAGUUGUAAAUUGGGUUUUUGGCAAGAGUUCCAGACUAUGCAGGAUGAUUGAAGAGAAAUCAUAAGGCCAAAAAAGAAAAAUAAAUCCUAGCCAAUGGUAAACUAAGUGAGUUACUCAUCGUCAAGUAAUUUCAAAAGCAAAUUCAUAAAAGUCCUUGUACAUUGAAAGCCAAGAAGAGCUCUAUUUGAUGAGGGAAUGUGGGUGCAUUUUAACUUCUGUUCCAAGGAGGGUGGGGCCGUGGGGCAUCCGAGGUGGGGUGUGUGGAGGGCUGAAAAUGGUCUGGCCAUCAGCUCCGCCUGUGGUCUAGCCAGGCUCCUUUCUCCUGCCUGCCUCCCUAACGUUGGGCGGGUUCAGAGCACCUAGGCAGGGGUCUGUGCAACCCUCAUGUGGUUGGAGGUUCUGGCUCCAGUUAGAGAAGAAGCUGACCUGGAUUUGAAACCUGAGUGUUUCCCGGGGCAAGCCCCCUCUCCUUGACUUCCCAGGUUCGGGGUGCUGUGCACAGGAGAGAGAGUGCAGCCCAUUUCCAGCCUUGUAUGCAGAGCUAGGGUUCAAAUCUAAGUCCACUGGACUCCAGAUUCCAAGCGGACGCACAGGCGUGCGGAUCUGGAGGACCGGCAAACGCCAGAAUCUUGAAAGACCACGCUGUCUGGGAGAUCCGAAUCCCACAUCAUCCGAGAUGCAGUGAGCGCCACCCUCGGAGAUGACAGGCCUUUUGGUCUCGUCAAAGGGAAGAGAGCCGAAAUCUGCCAACAGGCUGCCGGUGUCAGUCCUGGGUGGCCUGCAGGACCAAUAACCAGCAUGUUCUCUUCUGCUGGGAGAGCAGGGCCACCCCGUGUAUAGCACCACCCACUGAUGGGGGGUGAACCUGAAGAACCGUCUAAUAAAGUCAUGUGCACUC